GUCACGUCGUGCGCCCAGGCGAAGCGGUGCGGUAGCUGAUACCCUGGGGUCUCGGCGCGGUCGCCAUGGGUCCGCGGGUGCAGCUCCCGCCAGAAAUUCAGCUGGCGCAGCGCCUGGCAGGGAACGAGCAGGUGACCCGAGACCGGGCGGUGAGGAAACUCCGGAAAUACAUUGUCGCCAGGACUCAGCGGGCCGAAGGUGGUUUCAGUCACGACGAGCUGCUGAAGGUGUGGAAAGGACUGUUCUAUUGUAUGUGGAUGCAGGACAAGCCACUCCUCCAGGAGGAACUUGGCAGGACCAUUUCCCAGCUCGUCCACGCUUUCCAGACCACAGAGGCACAGCACCUGUUCCUUCAGACAUUCUGGCAAACCAUGAACCGCGAGUGGAUGGGCAUCGAUAGGCUGCGCCUGGACAAGUUCUACAUGCUCAUGCGGAUGGUCCUGCACGAGUCACUGAAGGCCCUGAAGAUGCGUGGAUGGGACGAGAGACAGACCGAGCGGCUGCUGGAGCUGCUGGUGACGGAGAUCUUGCACCCCGACGGCCGGGCCCCCAACGGGGUGAAGAGUCACUUCAUCGAGAGCUUCCUGGAGGAGCUGACCAAAGUGGGCGCCCACGAGCUGACGGCGGACCAGAACCUCAGGCUCAUCGGGCCCUUCUGCACGGUCGCCGCCCGGACUCAGGAGCCCCUGGUUUUGCACACCAUCACUCGAGGCAUCUUUGAGGCGAUUGUGGAACAGGCCCCGCUGGCCAUCGAGGAUCUCAUGAAUGAACUGGAGGAGGAGGAGGAGGACGGGGACACGCCGUCCAGGGAGCCCCCUGAAGGCUCUGUCAGUGGGGCUGAGCCUGACCCGGGCGAGGAGCAGGCGUGGGGCGACGAGGAGGAGGACAGUGCCGGCACCACCCUCCAGUUCGACUACGAGGCCGUUGCCGACAGACUGUUCGAGAUGGCCAGUCGCCAGGACACCCCUCCGCAGAACCGGAAGCGCCUCUACAAAGUGAUCCGGAAGUUGCAGGCCCUCUCGGAAGGCAUCUUCCCCGAGGAUGACAUCCCAGAAAAAGCCUACAGGAAUCCGCGGGGUGGGAGACGGGUGAGGAUGAAGAAGCGCUUGUCCGAAUCCCAGCAGCUGCAGAACAAGAUAGACCUCCCAGACCCUUCCCUGCCCGAGGGCAGUCGAGAGAUGAUGAAGGAGAAAAAACAGGCGAAGGUGGGAGGGUAGAACCCAGGCACCGUUGUGCAGCUGCUGAUGGAGUAAGGGAUGCAGGCGAUGGAAACCGACGGAUGUGACGUCACAAAAAAGGAGAAACAAGUAGCCUUAUGUGGCUCUCAGUGGAGACCCCACCACUGCCUGCGAGGAGGUCUUUCAAGAAAAAAAGAAAAAGAACCCAAGCUGGAUUAAGCCUGCAGAGCUGAUGCCAGUUUACAGAAAUGCGUCCUUUUGUCCAGGGGAAACUCCACAGGACAGACAGCCUGGUUCAACAGAAACUCUGUAAAGGGAAUUCCCUGGCGGUCCAGUGGCGCUUUCACUUCUGUGAGCCUGGGUUCAAUCCCUGGUUGAGGAACUAAGAUCCCGCAAGCCGCUCGGCAUGGCCAAAAAAAAGAAACUAAACAAUAAAAAAAAAAUCUCUGUAGGAAAAGAAGAGGUGGGGGCAGAGGGACCUCCAGAAACAGAACUGAGAUACCAGGCAGUCUCCAUCUGUAGAUGGAAUUUAUUAUGCCAGGAGACGAACGCGGAGCACGCCGACGUUGCCAGGACGGUGCGGGAAGUGUGAUGAUCUCGUGCAUCCGACGGUUUAGGAGAUGUGACUUGGGGUGUGAGGAGGAUGUUUAUAAGGGGUGUCCAGUGACCCACUUCUGAGCUGGGCAGUUUGCUCCCAAGGAUGUCACAGGACCCGGAGAACUAGAGUGGGAGUGGGGGCUGGACGCCACGUGCGUGUGUCCCCCGGCCUCCAGGCCGCGCAGCGGAGGUGGGAGAGCAUCCUUGUGGGAAGGACACGCUCAAGGGUUCAAGGGUGGGAACCACUGAGGCGGUCAGGGGUUUAUCCUGUGAUUCUUUCUUCUUUCAUCUGUUUGAGGUGUCACCUGCUUCUCUAUGAGAAGUAAAAGAACUCUUUGGGAAACAUCAUUUUCAUGAUUCCUGUUUUAUUGCCACCUUCAGGGCUUUAGAAAUGGGAUGUGUUUAAAAAGCCAGGCAUUUAUAUGAGAACGAAGUAAUCAAUUUGGUUAUAUUAUGUUGUGAAAUUGAAAUCAUUUUGCUUUAAAUUACCCUGUUCUGGUUUAUACACAGAGUCUAAAUCCAGAUGCAGCACUUGUGUGCUGUGUGGGUCUGG